AUGGAAACUGAAAGGAGCGACAGAUUGUUAUUGGAAAAGGCUAAAAAGCAACUAACGAAAGAUCUCAGGCCUAUUGAAAAGCUUAGAUAUCAAUGUCUUUCUCGUGGUGCUUCAGGUAUUGCUGGUAUUGGACGACAGUUUCGCAUCAUUGACGAUGAUGGAAAUAAAAAGCUUGACUUCAAGGAAUUUUCGAAGGGUUGUAAAGAUUUUGGAGUAGAUUUAUCAAGAGAAGAAAUAAAGGAAAUUUUCGAUGAAAUUGACACCGACCAAAGCGGAUUCAUCGAUUUUGAUGAGUUUUGA